GAGGGCCAUCAGCAGAAUGAGUCUCGCCUCUCUACGGGGUGGUUUGCUGACAAGGGGAAGCUGAAGGAUUUCCUAUAGGCAGGAGAAGAAUAGCCCAGCCCGUUUGGUGAAGGAGAUAUCUGGGAACUGCUUUUCAGUCUCCAGAAGAUCUCACUGGUCUCGGUCGGCGGCCGGCCCCAGAUCUCCUCAGUUUCCUCGGGCUCGGGCCAACCUGACGACCCAGAUAGAACAAUCUAGCCACAGCAGUGACAUUUGUCCUGCUCUGGGCCAACUCCCCCAGGAGGGAUUUUCUUUGAAAUGGCACCGAGUGGAAAACAGGACGUUUAACAUCGACUGUUGCUGGGGCAGCUCCAGAUGGGUAAAAUCCCACAUCACCAGCCAGAAGAAAUGAAGUCUCUGGAGAGAACAGUUUUAUUCUUUCUGUUCCUCAUGGUGACUAAAUCUUCCCAAACUGCCCUGAACUUGAAUUUAAAGCCCAUUGUCCAUUCUCUGCUUCCCCAGGAACAUGGACAAACAGCGGAGACCUACUGGAAAGAAGCAUUAAGGCAGAAACGAGAUGUCGCUUCGAGUACCUUUGCGCCUGGAGAAUACGCAAUUGACGUUGAGUUGAGUUUUGAAAAUGCUUCCUUCCUGGAGCCCAUCAAAGAAUAUUUGAAGAACCUCAGCUUUCCGAUUCUUGGGCAAACCACAGGCAGAGCAACAGACAUUUUAAGCAUCGAGGUAACCACAGUGUGCAGCACCAGUGGGAAUGAAAGCCGCUGUUCCUGUGAGAGUGGCUAUGGAUGGCCCCCUGAGGCAUGCCACACGAAUCUCAUCUGCCCAGGAUACCACAGGGCAGCCCUGGGACGGGCAUGCAGCUGCCUCACCAGACCGCCUCCUGAUGCUCCCUUCUGCCAACGAGUCUUUCUGAAAGAUGUUACCCUGAAGAUGUCCAUCAAGCUCAAUUUGGGGUUUCAGGAAGAUCUGUUGAAUUCCUCAUCAGCAUUGUAUCGGUCAUAUAAAACAGAUUUGGAAGGAGCGUUCACGAGAGGUUACAGAUAUUUACCUGGCUUCAAAUCAGCCAUUGUAACGGGUUUCAGGCCUGGAAGCGUUGUUGUUGUUUAUGAAAUCCAGGCAACGACACCAACUCCUGAGCAGCUCAAAAAAGCAAAUGACCACGUAUCAAGAAUAAUCAACGCAACAUACAGAAUGGAACCCUUAUCCUUUCAAACUGCUGUCAAUAAUGAAACAGAGUUUUCCAUCACCCCAGAUAUCAUUUUUGAAGGAGACACAGUGACCAUGGUGUGCGAAACAGAAGUUCAGUCUACAAAUGUGACCUGGCACCGCUUGGAUAGACUCUACGUUGGUUUUCAGAACGACAGCAAACAUUCAAUUUUUACUUAUUUGAGCAACCAGACUUCAAUAUCUGUCUUUACUAUUACCAACAUUUCUUUGAGUGAUGCCAGUGAAUACAUCUGUACUCUGACCUAUGACAUAUUUGAAUAUGAGUCCAGGAGAAAGAUAAAUGUCACCGCCAUGGAAAUUGUGGAGUCAGAAGAUUUGGAGGUGAUGUGUGACAAUAAACCUGUGUCCUUGAGUUGCUGCUGCGGAAGCAAUUUUAAUUUGAGUCGUUUUGUAUGGAAGCAGGAUGGAAAUCUAAACAUUCCAGGACUCACCAGUUCAGGUUCAGGCUGCAGUAAUUAUACCAUCAAGGCCAAUAGUAGUCAGUGUCCAAGGGGUUCAUCCGGAACCCUAGGCACGUACAUGUGUGAAUUCAGCACGGACCAUGGAGCCCGAAGCAGUAGGAACAUUGCGGUAACUUUUACAUCUGUGGCCAAUUUAAUAAUAACCCCCGGCCCGAUUUCUGUUUCUGAGGGACAAAGUUUUUCUAUCAAGUGCACCAGCGACGUGAGUCACUACGACAUGGUGUUCUGGAACACUUCUGCUGGAGUGAAAAUAGACCGCAAGUUUUACACUACAACCAGAUACCACAAUAGAGUUGAGUCUGUGCUUACUGUAGACACUGCAUCCAUGGAGUGGAACGGUACCUAUCAGUGUAUAUUUAAAUAUAAAAGUUCUCAGAGUGUGGCAACCAAAGCAGUUACUGUUUACCCUCUGCCUCUGAAACAAGACAUCAUGCUUGAUCCCCUGGAAGCUGUGGUUCCAUGUAAUAGCUCGCAUAUCUUCAAGUGCUGCCUAGUUGAAGGAGGAGACUACAAAGUGACUUUCCAGAUUGGUUCCCUGUCAUUUCCAGCUGUAAGAGCAGCUAAAGGAUUCCGAGAAUGCUAUGUCUACAAUUACUUCGCCCACAUCACUACGGAAUGUCCCAUGACUACUCAAGUGUCGUGUACCAUUAUCAACAGAGUCAAUGCUUCCAUCCAAAGUGCACCUAUGACACUGAACUUGAUUCCCGGAGAGACCGUUUCAUGCCAAGAUCCCAACAUAGGUGCUGGAGAGCCAGGCAAAGUUAUUCAGAAGAUGUGUUCGUUUGCAAAUAGUUCAAGUAGCCUGGAGGUGGGAGGAACCAUCACAUACAAAUGUGAAGGCAAAGAGUGGAAGGUCGAGAGAAACAACUGCAUUUCUGCACCGAUCAAUAGCUUGCUCUUCAAGGCAAAGUCCUUGCUUAAAAGCCCUGAGCAAGAAGAGAAGCUGCCGACGUUCCUUCAGAAUUUAUCAAAUAAUAUGGCCUAUGGGCAAAAUGAAAUCAGCUCCUCCCCUUCCAACCUGGCGGCCAUGGUAAACAUCUUGGACUUGGUCUCAACUGUUCCCACUCAAGUGAAUCAAAACACGAUGACGCUCUUUCUCUCUACGGUUAACGUGCUCAUUAGCAAGCCCUCGCUGAGUACCUGGAAAGUCCUGAAUCAACAACAGGUCAACGAAAGUUCCCGGUUACUGGAUUCGGUGGAGAGAUUCUCUCGAGUCUUGCAUUCAGCAGGUACUACCAUCCCACCCAUCAAACAUGCCAACGUGCAGCUGAAGGGUAUCAUGACCUCAGCCGAUCAAGCGGCCGACUACAAGGAGAGAUUUGUGUUCCAGGACUCUGACCUCUGGGGUGACGUGUUCAUCAAGAAGCAGCAGAUUGAAAGCCUGAAACCAAAUUCAUCCAUCGUGACAGUGGCUUAUUCCACCCUCAAAUCCAUCCUCCCCCAGGAGGGCUGGGCUGUUAAUUUGGUCAACGGCUUGGUGAUGACCACAACGGUGAGCCAGAGUGUCACCAAGUCAUUCAAGAUCUCGAUGACAUUCAAGAAGAACAAACCUUCAUGGUGGGUGCCACAGUGCGUCUUCUGGAACUUUAAUCUCUCCAACCACACCGGGGGUUGGGAACAGAGCGGAUGUUCCGUGGACCACAUGGACCGGGAUCAUGUCUUCUGUACCUGUAACCACCUGACCUCCUUCUCCAUCCUCAUGUCCCCGGAGUCACCCGACCCCAGUUCCCUUCUGAAAAUACUGCUGGACGUGAUCUCUUACAUCGGACUGGGCUUCUCCAUCUUGAGCCUGGCAGCCUGCCUCAUCAUUGAAGCCCUGGUCUGGAAAUCAGUGACCAAAAACCGGACUUCCUAUAUGCGUCACAUCUGCAUCGUGAACAUCGCGGCCUCCCUCCUGGUGGCCGACUCCUGGUUCAUUGUGGCCGCUGCCAUUCAUGACCAGCGUUGCCCGCUCAACGAAACGGCCUGCGUGGCCGCCACAUUCUUUAUCCACUUCUUUUACCUCAGCGUCUUCUUCUGGAUGCUGACCCUGGGCCUGAUGCUCUUCUACCGCCUGGUUUUCAUCCUCCAUGACACCAGCAAGUCUAUCCAGAAAGUGAUCGCUUUCUCCUUGGGCUAUGGCUGCCCGCUCGUUAUCUCAGCCAUCACGGUGGGGAUCACUCAGCCCCGGGACGUCUACACCCGGAAGAAUGCCUGUUGGCUCAAUUGGGACGACACCAAGGCCCUCUUGGCUUUUGUCAUCCCCGCGCUGAUCAUCGUGGUGAUCAACUUGACUAUCACCAUGGUUGUCAUCUCUAAAAUCCUCAGGCCUUCCAUUGGGGACAAACCCACCAAGCAGGAGAAGAACAGUCUAUUUCAAAUCAGCAAGAGCAUCGGAGUCCUUACGCCCCUACUGGGUCUUACCUGGGGGUUCGGGCUUGCCACGGUGUUUGAGGGGAGCUCUCCAGCUUUCCACAUCAUAUUUACCCUCCUGAAUGCCUUCCAAGGUUUAUUCAUUUUGCUGUUUGGAUGCCUCUGGGACAAGAAGGUGCAAGAAUCCUUACUGAACAAGUUCUCACUAUCCAGAUGGUCUUCACAGCAUACAAAGUCAACAUCUCUGGGCUCCUCCACUCCGGUAUUUUCCAUGAGUUCACCAAUCUCAAGAAGGUUCAACAAUUUGUUUGGGAAAACAGGCACAUACAACGUGUCUACUCCAGAAACAACCAGCUCCUCCGUGGAAAACUCAUCCAGCGCUUACUCUUUGCUUAACUGACCUACUGAAGAGAGAACAAUCAAACUCUGCAACUCGUGGAAACAGGGGAUUUUUGCAUACUGAACCACUCCAAAAGAGAGAGAUGGGCAGUACUAUUGAUAAAGCAUUUUUUUCUCUCUCUCUUGGCCUCCACUGACCAAGCUUGCAAAGACUUUGGCACUAGGGAAAUGGCUACAUAUAAUCAUGUGAAGACAUGUGAAGUCACCUCAGAUGUGGACUGUCUUUUAGGACCCUUUGGUCUCUCUUUUCUGGCUUGAGCCUUGAACAAGAUCAGUCUGACAAGAGAAUUGAUCUCUGACCAGAGAUGAGUCCAAAGGUGAGCUUGCAUUGAAAAAUUAAUCAUCUAAAAUCACAUUUCAAAGAAUAGUAUUUGGGUGACCUUUGAAAAAGAGAAGUUGGCAAAGACAGUUUUCCAUGUGGAUGGAAGUUCUCUGAAGAGACAACACGUUGCUGCAAAAACAAAAUUGAUGAGAGAAAGCCCGGAGAGGAAAAACUGAAAAGAAAUGAGAGAAAACCUGGUCCAGCAUGACUGAAGGAUUAAAAAGGAAAUAGAAAGUGGAAGAGGUGAAAAGACAGCAUAUUAUUUUCAAGAAUGAUGAUAUUUAUUAAGCUUUCACUUUGCCAAGCGCUGUGCUAAGCACUGUGGUAGGAAGGUGAUAGAUCAAUCAGGUUCAAAUAUAUAACUUUGCAUAUUUGAGGAUUAAUAUUUAUUCCCCUGGGGGAUGCACCUCUUGGCAAUCUUCUAUUCAAAAUAGCUGAAUUAUGAGAAAUUCCUCAAUUUCCAGGAAACAUUUUUGGGCUGAAAAUGCAAUCCCAACAGUCAUUUAUUCAGCAAGUAUCUAAUAGCUUUAAACAGGUACUUCUCCACGCAGCAGAUGGUAGAUUUGCAUACUGCUUAUUACUCUGUCUUAUUAUUCUUGUUUGCUCGUCAUGUUUUGCACAGCUGAAUAUUAUCUCUUCAGAGUCUUAUGCUAUCAUGGAUGAAUUUGUGUCACGUCUUUUUUACAUGGUGUCUACAGGGGCCCUUUCACCUCUAGAAGUGACUCGUUGCCCUGCGAUACUUUAACUUAAUGUACAGAUGAUGGAACCUUUCACAGGGUUCUUUUUUCCAUGUGUGUAUCAUAUUUAAAUAAUUAUCAGCAUUAUAAAUAUUUAUUGUGCAUGUGCCAUGUGCUAUGUACCAUGCUAAUACCUGCACAGGAUAUAUAGGAGGCAAAACCCCACCUUUGCGUCUUUAAAUGAGGUAGAUGAAGAUAAAUCCUUCCUGUUGAAAAUUUCAUCUUUUUUAUGGCUGCCCUUCUUUUCUUUCCCUUUUUAUUUAUUUAAUUCUAGGGCUCACUCACUCCACAACAUUACAUUCUCUCGGGUGAUGAGAAGGAGGUUCAGGGGGGCCUGUGGUAGUUGAGUUCGCGGGGGCGUUGAAAAACCCAUGUCCUUCUUCAGAAAGUGACAUGGAGGAUUAGUAACAGUGGUGGCAGCAGCAUGGGCUGAAAAAUUCCCCCAAAUAAUUGACCUAGUUACCCUGCCUAUGCAGCUUGGAUGUCCAAGUUAUCAGCCUGCCACUCCAUGUUAACAUGGGUGUGGGGAAGGCUUUGGGAAUGGGGUGGGAUGGGAAAGGUUUGGAAGUGGAUUUGGAAGGAGUAGAGGGCGUCACCUCGAUAAAUGUAGGAUGAGAGGUUGUGCCAAGCAGAGGGAGGGAUGUGCCUGAGAAGAGCGAUGGAGUUUGAAGGGAGAGAAAUGGACCGCAGAAAGCUAACUUGUCAAAUACUGAAUGGGACAUAUCUUUUCUCCUCAUACUUAAAUCAAGUGAAGCAAACAGUCCGAGACCCAUAUGUUCCACUUGUUGCCAGAACUGCUAAAAAAUAAGUUAGGGCCGCAUUUUGCCCCCGAGGAUUUCCACUGAACUUCCAUUGCCUUCAAAAACAGAAAAAGCAGUCUAAGGGAACCUCUGAGGUUGGCCCAUGGAGCUGGAUUUAUGUCUCUUUAAGUGCUACAGUUCUACAGGGUAGGAGGCUGGCCCUUUGCCCGGGUUUCUGAGUUGAAUUAGAUUAUCUUGCUAACAGCCACAUUCCCACAGUGCACUACACCCACUCGCUACCCAGAAGGCUCAAUGGCCCAGAACAGCAGGAAAUCAUGGUUGUAGUUGCAUUAAUGUGUGAGAGUUAAGGAACUAAAAAAUCUUGAAACCUCACCCAGGGUUUUGUUGUGUGACUUAACAUGCUAAGCCUGGAUUGUCAAGAUUUUUACAAUCAGAAAUUGCAAAAACGUUUUCAAAGAAGCAAUAGCCCAACCCAAUGAGAAAAUAAAGGGUGGGAGGUGGGAUAGGACUUUUUCGUUGACCUAAAUGGACUUCUUGCCCAAGGAGCAGAAUUUUUAAAUCAGAACCUAUCAGAAGGCAACUAAUUCCACAGUUUUAAUGAAGGAAGGGUGAAUUUUGAUGUAAAAUGUCAUGGAACAAUCUGGUGGGCGGUCUAGUCCUCCUUACUUUUAGGGAUAAAACCAUUAAUAAAUGAAUAAAUACCACUGAUUGAUUAUACGGAUAGAGUCUGCCCAUGUCCAAAGGACACUUACCUCCCCAUGAGAUUACCUGUGAAAUUCCCAGUGAAAAUGAUUCAACAAACAGAAGAUUUAUUUUUUUUUCCCUUCUUCGGAGUUAGUGUGUUUGCAAAGGACAUUCCCUCUAACACUCCCAGGGCUAUAGACCAUGGAAAGGCCAAGGAUUGAGGUCUCCAAAUGGUAGUUAGCAAAGAAAAUUGCAUAUAGAAAUAGCUACAGAAAAACAUUAAGUGCACUGUUAGAUGCUUGUCAACCACUCCCUGAACAAAAUGAGAUCUUUUCCCCUAUUUCUCUUUGGCAUCCAGGAAAUAUAUGGGAAAAAAACAACAUUUUCAGAAUAUAUUCAGGUUGCAUUUCCUAAAAGGAAGCCUGGAGACCCCCAAUCUUGUGCAAGUCAAAUGGAGAUACUUAGAUCUAGAGUUGCUAACAGGAUCAGGGAAUAAGGAGAAGGUAAAAAAUCUGACCGUGUAUUCAGGGAGUGAAAUUGCUCAAGGAAAGUGGGAUGGGCUGGUAGUUAUUUGGAGAGAGAGAAGAUGGAGAGGGUUGAGGUCUGGGAAAUUUGGGGAAUGGAAGGGAAUGAUGCCUAUGAGAUAAGCCGUGAAAUUUGGUCACUUGGAAAAAGAAGUGGUCUCAAGAAAAGUUUGACAUUCUCCAUCCUAAAGGAAAAGUCCCAUGAGGUAGCUCAUAAUUCAUCUUGAUUCAUACAUAGCAUUCAACAUCCUUGUUAGUGUUGAAUGUCCAGUAGUAACUUGGAGGAGCUGCUGGAGUCAAUCUGCUCACUUAAGGAUUUCCAUUUUCAUUCUUCAUCAUGUUUCAGUGAGAAGCACGUGACUUACUUCAAACUUCUUUGAUUCCCAUCUCUCCAAAACGAAGUGUUGUCACCUCAGAAAUGGCUUGUUUCAGAUCAGGUUGGAAAGAUUCCUUUCUAGAGUCCAUAAAGUGUCUGUCACAGAACUGUAACUGACUACUUUUUUUCCAUAACUGCAAUGUUAUCGCCUCCCCAAGUGAAUAUGAAACAUGAUUGAUGGCAAAAAAAAUUGUGAAUGGAGCUUACAUAAUAUAAACACACUGUGUCCAUUUUAUAAACUGUGAAACUGCUUCUGAGUGAUAUCUCGAUCAAAGAUCCCUAUAAACCAAAGUCUGUGGUGUCAUCUCUCUGAAGGUGAAGGAAAACUGUUGCUCUUUGGGAAAAGUUUAUUUGCAGGAAAAAUAGAAAGGGAGUAUCAAAAUCAGAGGGUAACCAUAGCCCAGUAAAUCAACUCUCUCCUAGUAAUGCCUACCAUAAAUGAUCUUUCUGCAUGACACCUUCUUCUGAACUGACUACUAGAACAGGAUUCGUUCGUUGCCUCACUGACACCUGAACCUUCCUGUUCUGUAUAUGUUGACGAUGUCUAAACCUCAUAACCUGAGAAGCACAGUGCCUUAGUGGGAAGAACAUGGACUUGGGAGUCAGAGGUCAUGAGUUCUAAUCCCGGCUCUGCCACU